AUGUCGAAGCCGUUGACCGACGAGGACUCGACCACCUCUGGCCAGUUGACCAAAGUUUGCGAUUUGGUGCCGACAGGCGAAGAGAGUAGUAUCGGUCGGACCACUGUUUGGCACCCGGAAGACGGCCAUCAGAUCAUGUCAUUCACUGACAACAAACUCUUCUUAUGGGAUGUCGAGAGCCAUAAGAAUGUGUCGACGAUUAGCGCCGACUUCAAUGUGAACACAAAGAGCGCCAAUCGCUUCAAUAAGAUAACCACUUUUCGAUGGAGUCCUCACUCCAACUGCGGUCUCAUAGGAAUCGCUAAUUCCAACUGUAUUUACGCCAAAGACCUGCGCGUGAAGAGCGGUUCCAACGUUAACGCCUGGUCUAUACCUAACUCUCACUCGCAAUUGGUUCGCGAUCUGGACUUCAAUCCUAACGCUCAGUACUAUUUGUCGAGUUGUGGCGACGACUGCGAGACCCGCUUUUGGGACGUCCGCAACACAACACAACCGGUCCUAUCGAUGACCAAUCACUCGCAUUGGGUUUGGUCUGUCAGGUAUAACCUCUUCCACGACCAACUCGUGCUCACGUCUAGCAGUGACUCCCGAGUAGUGCUCAUAAGAGCCGUUUCGGUCGCCUCUCAACCGUUUGGUCACCUCUUGGAGGAAGAGAUCGCCGAUGAAGACAAUGGAGUGACACAUAAGACUUCGAUGGCCAGCGAUGGUGUGAUCGCCACAUAUGAGGAGCACGAGGACAGUGUGUAUGCGGUGGAG